UGUGGGCAGCACUCGGACUGGGCUGAUUGUCCUGCAGGCAGCGUGAGUUGGAGCAGGGCCGUGUGCUGUGUCCUUUCCCUGUGCCUGCAGCUUAGGAGAGCAGGCUGGGGUCCCUUUCCUGCCGAGGAGCUGGAGGGCAGCAGGGAGGUCACCCUUUCAUUGAUAGAGGAAGGAGCAGCUGUAGAAAAGCUGUCACAAUGAGACUGUCUGCCACGUACUCCUGUUCCUGAUGAGCUCGCCAGCUUCCAGGAUUGGUUUUCCAGGACCUAGCGCCUUGUGGGCUGACUCAGCAACCUCCUGUUUGCAGGAGGACGGGCCACGUGGGCAGGACACGGCUCCAGCCCCGCCGCCGGGGCCGCGGGUGCGCUGGAAGCCCGGCCCCGCCUCUCCGGUAAAUUCCAUCUUCCCCGCCGGAACUACACCUCCCAGCGUGCCCCGCGCGGAACCACCGCAUCUCGCGAGACCGCGCCCCUAUAAGAGCACCGCCACAGGCGUAAGCAGCCCCCGGCUGAGGCGACUCGCGCGGGUUCCGCUAUGAGCGCCCCGGGCCCGGCCCCGGCCCCGGCCCCGCUGCCCCUCGCCGAGCCCCGCUGAGCCCCGCCAUGAGCUCUGGGAAGCCCGACGCUCCCGCGCUGGAGCCGGGCGGCGGGGCCCGCUCGGGCAGGAUGUCGUUGCCCCUCGGCGUUCCGCGCCGCGCCUUCAGCUACGACGAUGCCCUGGAGGACACGGCGCCCAUGACGCCGCCGCCCGCCGAUCUGUGCGCCAGCGUCCUCUGGAAGCAGCCGGUCAUCCCCGAGCGCAAGUACCAGGAGCUCUCGAAGGAUGAGGAAGGGGAUGCCAACGUGAAGCCUGUCAUAACUCCUUCAUCAUCCACUGAAAGUGUGAACAAGGUGCCUGUGGUGAAGGCCAAGGCCACUCACGUCAUCAUGAACUCCCUCAUCACAAAGCAGACUCAGGAGAGCAUCCAGCGCUUUGAGCAGCAGGCAGGGCUGAGGGAAGCUGGCUACACACCCCACAAAGGCCUCACCACUGAGGAGACCAAGUACCACCGAGUGGCUGAGGCAGUCCAUAACCUAAAAAUGCAGAAUGGAGAGACAACAAAAGAUGACAAACAGAAUUCUUCUGCUCAGUCCACUCCAAGCAGCACCCCCCACUCCUCCCCCAGGCAUAAAAACAGGGGUUGGUUUAGUCAGGGAUCCUCUACUUCCAUCACUGGUUCAGACUUUGCUAUGGAAGGUGGUGGGGACAGAUUGCCAUCUGAAAGGUGGAGCUUUUUUGGACCCAGAGCUGUCCAGAAAUCGGCCAGUGAGGCAGGAGGAUUUACCAUUCAAUCCUAUAAGGGUGCUCAGAAGCCAUCCCCAAUGGAGCUGAUGCGUGCUCAGGCUACAAGGAUGACAGAGGAUCCAGUCACCUUCAAGCCACCCAAAAUGGACAUUCCAGGCACAGAUGGGAGGAAACAAUCUCCACGAUCCCACAACAUCAAACCUCGGGAUCUGAACGUGCUCACUCCCACUGGGUUCUAGAGGAAAGCUUCCAGUGUCUUUAGCAGGCUACAGGGUGUCUUAGGCUCUGCUUCCCUGUCUUGUGUGCUGCGGUAAAGUAGGAAAGUCUCCCUUUCCAGCUCUUCAUCUCACAAAAAAAAACCAGUCUUGAUUGUCCUGCUAAAGCCAGUCUUGGAAAAACUCCUACACCAGUCCUAUACCAAUGUAAACCAUCCUGUCUACUGCACUGGUUUGGGCUGCCAGGCUGCUCUGGAUGUGCUUCCCAGUACAUCCCACCACAGUGAAACCCUGAGCCAUGUUUUUUUUGGACAGGAUUCCAUGUGGUGUGUGAGCACCUGGCUUGUAUGCCUGGAAUCUGAUUGUCUUGUCCUGCUCAGUGCUGAAGGACCCACAGGAGACUGGUUCUGUCAAGAGAUCAAGCAGAAAAUGCUGUGAACAAGCAAGGACUGAAAACUGGACCAUUAACUGCCAGAAGGAAGAUGGGGUAUGUGUUAGGUCAGUAUAAAUGUGGCACUCCCUCACUAUCCAGUGUGACCAUGUCUUUUUUUCUUGGGAUGUUUUUUAAAAGGAAAAGGGACCAUUCUAAGAUGUUCUCAUUGGAAAGGCAGGGAGCAGAAUCUAAUGGAACUUUGAAGUAAUGAGGAAGAAUUAUUUUUCUUCCAAGUCUUCAUAUUCCUCUAAGAAGGUGAAAGUAAUCAAAGCUGGUGUGGUUUGAACCAAGUAAUCCUCCUCUCUUCGUUCUGCAAAACAGCACUGUUCUGUGUUCUAGACAGCAGAUUUGCACGUGUUCUGGCACUCUGGAUGCUGCUUCAUUUGUUUUUGUUGGUUUGGUUUUUUCACUAGAAUUGUGUGGAAUGUAUUAGACACCAGAAACACUUCUCAGACAGGGUGUUUUGUUUUAUCAGCAUUAAGUGUGUUCUGCCGGGCUGAGGGAGGACUGAGGGCAGACCAAGGCUGAACAUUCCUCCCUGCUGAGGUACAGCUGGAUGUGAUCCUUGACCUAGUCUGAACCAGUUCCUGGAAAUAGCUAACACCAGCUUUCAGGAAAAGUGGAAGGAACUCCUGCCUACCAUCUAAUCCCUUAAGCAUGAUAGGCAGCAUUGCUCUGGAAUCCUCACCUGUGCUGUGGCAAAUGGGUCUCCUCAGGUCUGCUCUUGAUCUCACGGUGGUGUUGCAAAGUCCCUCAGCCAGCAGCAGCCUUGCAUCUGGAAGUGGAAGCUUCUCUGUUGCCAGGACAUUGUACAGAAGUUACUUAACAGGUGGUAACUGUUGAGCUCCAGGGUUUCUCACUUAAACCAAAUACUCUCCCUGGAGGGUGAGACAGGGUUGGCUCCCUUGGCUGGCUGCUGGCCCCUCUGAAGCAGCACAUUUUGUAGCACUGCCAGUGAUGUGUCGUGUGAAAGUCCCUCAUCCAAACCAGCAGUUCUGUCAUCACUCAUUUGCACCUUGGCAAUCAGGCUCUCAUUUGACUUUAAUUUAUUUGUUGACUGUAUUCAUGUUUCCUAAUGUGUAUGCUUGUUUUGUUUGUUACAGGACAAUAAAAUCCUUGUGGAAUGGA